GUCUGCUUGCCCAAUAUGUGAAUCACCGCUCACCGUGCAAACGAGACGAAUUCUAAUUCAGCACUGACUGUAUAAUUGGACCGACAGGGGAACACCAACGCACUCUGCCUCUAUAUAAAGGUGAAGAUCACUGCAGGUGAAAAAACAGAGGCUCUCUUAGGUUAUUCCAACAGUGAACAACCGAGAUGGCUACAUAUCUGUCCUUACUGCUGCUGUUUGCAUAUGCCUCCACAGGCUCUUCAGAUCCAAGUAGCUGUAGGGGUCGUUGUGGAGCUGGCUACUACAGAGGAAGUUUGUGCCAGUGUGACUACGAGUGUCUGAGCUUAAAUGAGUGCUGUUCGGACUUUACGCAGUUUUGUACUACAAGUGACUCUUGCAAAGGACGCUGUGGGGAGCCUUUUCAUAGAAGCAAUCCAUGUCACUGUGAUAUUGACUGUGUCUCAUACAAUCAGUGCUGCCCUGAUUAUGAGAACAUGUGCUUGGUGGAAGAUACUGCCUUAAAACCAAGAAAAACUGCCACUGCAGCUCAAAGGACCGCUAACUUAUGCCUAAACAUAAAGAAUAAAAAGUCUACAGAAACCUCCAAUGAGGACAUGACCAUUGAUAAAGGGACUGUAGAACCAACAGAAGGUCCUCCAAGAACAGAACCAACAGAAGGUCCUCCAAGCACAGAACCAACAGAAGGUCCUCCAAGCACAGAACCAACAGAAGUUCCAUUAAGCCCAGAACCAACAGAAAGUCCUCCAAGCACAGAACCAACAGAAGUUCCAUCAAGCACAGAACCAACAGAAGGUCCAUCUGGUACUGAACCAACAGAAGUUCCAAGCACAGAACCAAUAGAAAGUCCAUCAAGCACAGAACCAAUAGAAGUUCCAUCAAACGCAGAACCAACAGAUGGUCCAUCAAGCAUAGAACCAACAGAAGGUCCUCCAAGCACACAACCAACAGAAGUUCCAUCAAACGCAGAACCAACAGGAAGUCCUCCAAGCAAUGAACCAACAGAAGUUCCAUCAAGCGCAGAACCAACAGGAGGUUCUCCAAGCACGGCAACAACAGAAGUUUCAUCAAGCGCAGAACCAACAGGAGGUCCUCCAAGCACAGCACCAACAGAAGUUUCAUCAAGCGCAGAACCAACAGGAGGUCCUCCAAGCACAGCACCAACAGAAGUUUCAUCAAGCGCAGAACCAACAGGAGGUCCUCCAAGCACAGCACCAACAGAAGUUUCAUCAAGCGGAGAACCAACGGGAGGUCCUCCAAGCACAGCACCAACAGAAAUUCCAUUAAGCGCAGAACCAACAGAGGGUCCGUCAAGCACAGCACAAACAGAAGCUCCUCUAAACACAGCACCAACCGAAGUUUCUUCAAGUGCAGAACCAACAGAAUAUACUGUCAAUGAAAUGACUACCAAGGCACAGAGUGAAGACCCAAAGGAAUUGUCAUCUCUCAAGGAUCCUAGUUACAUUGUUCCAGUCAAACCAACAGGAAAACCUCUUAAACCUAGCUCAGACAAGGAUGGCAAAAAAGAUAGUAUUAAAGAUUAUCAAGCUGAUGAUUAUGACUCUAACCUCUGCAGUGGGCGUCCAGUCAGUGGUUUGACUACUCUAAGAAAUGGUACCAUUGUGGUGUUCAGAGGACAUUAUUUUUGGACACUGGACAAACAGAGAAAUCCUGAUUCUCCUCAGUUAAUUACAAAGGUGUGGGGAAUCCCAUCUCCCAUCGACUCGGUUUACACCCGCUGCAACUGCGAGGGCAAAACCUACUUCUUCAAGGGAAAGAACUACUGGAGAUUUGAGAAUGGUAUGAUGGAUCCUGGCUUUCCCAAAUCCAUCAACCAGGGCUUCGGACAGAUUGGUUAUAUCACAGCUGCUUUAUCUAUACCUGAGUACAGAAGCAGAAAAGAGUCGGUAAUCUUCUUCAGAAGAGGUGGAAUGGCACAAAAGUACACAUACCAGGUUACUCCAAACUGUGGCAAAGAGCCAAAAUAUCCUGCGUUUACAGUGAGGAUGAGAGCCAGACGACAAGCUGUUUCAGCUCUGGGGCCAGAGAUCAGUAUCUCAAAGACUUGGGGAGGAUUUCCGACCAUAGUGACCUCAGCUGUGUCUGUUCCCUCAAGGGUGAAAGAGGGCUACAAGUAUUACAUAUUUUCUCAAAACAAGUAUUACAGCCUGAAAAUGGAAAGAGAAAAACCAGUAAUCCUAAAACCUGCUACUGGUCCAAAGGAAAACUUGGCAACCAGCUUCUUUAAAUGCCCAGAAACCCAGAAAAACUGAAUCAUUCAUGUCUUUCCCUCAUGCCAUAUACUGUACAUUUAUAUUUCUAGUGAUGCACUUGUCUUAGGUGCAGUGGAAAACAUUUUAUGGCAAGACAGAAUUAUGGACA